CUCUCACUCUACCAGUGUGCACACCGCGUCCCUGUUUUUUUUUUCUCUCUCACUCGUUUGCACUCACUCUCUCUCAGCAUCGGCAGCACAGAGAAACAGCUGUCUCCCUCACUGGAAUACCAGAGCCACCGGUAGGCUGGAUCAACAUCAUCGGCUAAAACCACAAGAGGGUCGGGCUGUGAAGCCGGAGAGUCUGUGGUGGAGAUCUCUAAUCAUCUCGAACUGGUCCCUGGAGGGACAGAAACCAGCAAACACUGCAACAAAUCUGACCGUUGACUGGGGGGCAGCCUUUCCUCAUAGAGGGACCUGAGGAAGAGGAGCUCUGUUGGGGCAUUUCAAAAGCUCCCUGCCUCUGUCUAUCUCUUAUUCACUUUGCUCUUUUCCUUCUCUUUUGGAGUACCGGAAUGUAACAGGCAGAUAAGGGCAGGUUUCUGCUGCAUUGACAGGCAGUACAGCAGGGCGCUGAACAGACAGCUUGGGGAAAUUGAGCUUCGGCAGAAGAGGAGCGGCAUAACACAUUGCAAACGACAGAUUCAUCCACCCUUUUACUGCCACCACCCACCCCUCCCUUGCUUUCUUUAUCUCGAAGUUCCAGUGUUGUUCUUCUUCUUGGUGCCAUCAAUGGAUUCUGUUUGGAUCUCCACUGGAGAAUAGCAAGCAACUGAAUGCUGGGAGUGGGCUUGGUUUGGCUGCACACAAAAAAGCCUCGUGAAAUAUGAGUCCCUUGUUAGGGGGAAUGUUGUAGACAGUAGGUGGUCUGAACAGGGAAGGACAACGCACCCGGUCUGAUUACUCUGACAGGAAGGACAGGUUUCUGUUUCUGGGUAGCUGACUCAGCUAAGGAGAGAUCUGCAGAAAACCCAGGAUACCUGCCUUGCCUACUGAGGUGCGGGAUUCAGAACCGCCCCCUGCAAGUUCUUCUCAUUGGCAUCCAUAACCAAAACGCUGCAUCUUGGAAUAUUGACGGAGGAUAUGAGAGAGGGUGUGAAAUAAGGAGGCUGGGCUUGUUCGUUGCCAACAGUGGAGUGUGCAGGUGCUAAGAGGCUUCCCUGGAUAUAUAGCGUCCAUCUCUAUCUCCUUUCUGUUCUCCUCCUCAUCUAUUCUGAUUGGAUUGUCCUUGGAGUUAAGCGUUUGGGUUGCCUUUGGACUCAAACUGGACAAAAAUCAUCCAUUUGCUAAUCCAUCUGCUUUUUCUACCUCUGUCGUGUGUUUUCUGUGUGUUUCCUUUUUUUUUUCUGUGCCUGUGUAUGUAUGUGUGUAUGUGUUUGUGAGCAUCUUGUGUGUUUCUUUCGAUGUCCGGCGUCGUCGGCUGCCAUUCUGCCUCGUGCUGCCCAUGCCUGUCACGCUCCUGGCCACAAGGUUAACCCUUGCUAACCCGCAUUCAGCAUGAGCGAGAGCUCUGGAGCAGUCACCUCAGGGGCGGUGAUCCUGGAGGAGUGUCCAGAGGGAAGUGGGGAGCGUCAGCAGGCCCAAGCCCAAGAGCCAGGGCCCCUGCGGUGUGGAGGAUGCACCCUGUGGCCCCGCCAGCAGACAUGGCUAUGUGUGGUCCCGCUACUCAUAGGCUUCAUUGGCCUGGGACUAAGCCUUAUGCUGCUCAAAUGGAUUGUGGUGGGUUCUGUUAGGGACUACGUGCCCACGGACCUGGUGGAUGCCAAGGGCAUUGGACAGGAUCCCCUUUUCUUCUCUAAACCCAGCGCCUUACCCAAGAACUCAGACACCACGGCUACCACCACCACUGUGGCAAUCCCAACCUCAACCACCGUCACAGCGGUAAGAGGCAGAACUCAGACUGGUGUUGCCCACCACCCCGGUGGCACCACCACCGCUACAGGCAGGGGGGGUGGUGCCUCAGGCAGCCAGGUUACCCCUCGCAGCACCACACAACGCUCUGGAAACUCUGGGGGCGGAGCACCGCGAGGCCCCCUAGGUACCACAACCACCGCCGCACCGGUCGCCACCUCCACUUUUACCGCCUCCACAUUGUCCAGCCCCUCUGCUUCCAACCCCGCUGUGCUUCAUGACUCUACACAAAUGUGGACCCACGAGCACACCACAGGGAGGCCUGCCACCGCAGCCACACGGCACCAUGUUAACCGAAAAACACCAGCAUCACCAACCAUUCCUCCACUGCGAUCCGAACAUUUCAAGCAAUGUCACGAGAAGGACUUGGCCUACUGCUUGAACGAUGGAGAAUGCUUUGUCAUUGAGACGCUGAGUGGUCCACACAAACAUUGCAGGUGUAGAGAAGGCUACCAGGGUAUACGCUGUGACCAAUUCCUGCCAAAGACAGACUCCAUCCUAUCUGAUCCAACAGAUCAUUUGGGCAUUGAGUUUAUGGAGAGUAAGGAGGUGUAUAAGAGACAGGUGUUGUCAAUCACCUGCAUCGCUGUGGGGAUCAGUAUUCUGGGCACACUCUGUAUGGCUCUCUACUGUCGGAACAAGAGACGCAGGGAAAAACUCCAGGCUCACUUGAAAGAGAGUCGCAGCUUGAAGAACUACAGCGCCAAUGCCUCUGCCUUGGUGUCAAAAUCCAGCAGGAAGCCUAACACAAGCCUGCAGCUACAAAAUAUUUUCAAGAGGUCCUCCCAGCCAAUCGAGGGAGCUGUCAGUGAGUCCAGUUUUGCCCAGUGCAACGAAACCCCUACCAACAACUCCAGAGGUCCAGAAAAACAUUACAGAUGUAGCUCCCUUGCUCACUGUUCGGACCAGAGAAGUAGAGCCAAUCACUGGGCAGUACCUCGUAGAACUCCGCCAAUACCCAGAGGAAUGAUUAAUCCAAUUGGAGGAUCCAAGUAUUCUGGCCCUUCUUACCAACAUCUUCAAGAGUUGGAGUCGUCUCAGAAGGAGGUCGAAGGGUGUCAGACUGUAGGGGUGAGGAGUGACCGACGACAGGAUUCCUUUCAAAAUAUGCAACCCCCCUUGUUGCUAGAACAGUCGUGGGAGAGAAGGCUGGAGGAGACCUGCAGUCCUCUGGAACCCAACCGGGACCAUGACAACUCCACCUCCACCAUGAGCCUCAGGCCCCCCAGUCGUCCCAGCUGCUCAUCCCCUCCUCCGUUCCGGACCUGCUCUAUCCCCAUCAUCCCCUCGGUCCAGGGCCACCAUGAAGAGGCUUCAUGCUUGCAAAAGACCGCUGGCCCUUCUACCUGCAGCACCACAAACAGUAGACAACUAGAAGAAAAGCACUCCUUCGUCACGCUUCACCACACCUCCACACCCUGCUCCUCCUCUGUGAGAGACCAGCAGCAGGAUGAGGUGGCCCUUCUUCUGGUGAAGGCUCAGGAGCAUCUUAGGGCUCUGGCCCACAGGAAGCAAGAAGACAGUGGCGGCUUCGCCCCUCCACCGCCCAGAGACACUGUGUGCUUCCUGACACUCAAUGGUGGAGCAGCGGGGGGGUUGAGCGCUAAUGGACCCACUGAAACCCAAUUACUGAGCCUUAGAGAACCGAACAGAGACUCAGCCCAACCCUGCCAAUAAUACAACAGUGUUUAGGCCAUAAUUUCGUGUCUGGAUCUACAAUAAAAUAACCCUGGUGUCUUGUCAAGAUUGCAGAGUUCUGCAUAAAAGGGAUGAGAAGAUACUGAAUAGAGAAAAAAAUAUCAUGGAAAAAACAAACAAUGUGCAUAUUGUAUUGAAGGAUGAACAGAGGGAUGGUCUAUGAAGUUGUGAAGACAGAAAUUAUGUAUAUGCAUUUAUUUAAAUGAGAAGCUUCUUAGACGAAAUAAACCAAAUAGUCUGUCAUCUUCAUGGUGUUUUUAAUUGUAAAAAAAAUAUAUAUAAAUAUAUAUGGAUAUACAUUUAUGGAAUUAAAAAGGUGACCAAGUUCAGUUGAGAAAUACAGGAAUGAUGUACCUUCUUUCUUUUUUUUGUAACAACUCCUCCACAUUUUUCAGGCUUGGAGCAUGGUUGUAUGGACCCCAUGCACCCUUACCCCUCCAUUUUGCUACAUGUUGUGAAUCGACGAUACAGAAAAACAUGGCUGCCAGAGGAACAAUAAAGCAAGAAUGUCUACUCUAAAACAAUCUCUCAACUAUGAUUGUGAGUCUACCCAGCCAAGGAUUUUAACGGUUCCCCUCAGCAGUACGACAGCAGUACGCUGAGGAAUCAUUACCGAGCGGUAUAAAAGAGACUUUGCGGAUUAGCUACUCCAGUCUAACCUAGUGAUAAGUCACUGGCUUGGGACAGCAGGUAGAUAAGACCGACCUGAUGCUAAUGUGGUUGGAUUGUUUGGUGUCUUAUACCUUUUUGUACGUGAGUGGAAUUCCUCCUGUGCUGACUAAGUCUUAUGUUGAGCAUGGGUGUUUUUUUCCUCUGUAUUUACAUUUUAGUCAUCUAGCAGACGCUCUAAUCCAGAGCAAUUUACAGGAGUUAGUGCAUAUACAUUUUCAUACUUUUUCAUACUAACUGUCUAACCCCACACAAUUCUGGUACACGCACACAUUCCCUCACUACACAACGAUGUGUACAGGUGUGUUGGGGUAUGUGGCAGGAAUGGAGAGACCAAGGACAACAGGCUGAAGUAAGUGGAGGAGUUUGUGUUUUCUUUUUCAAUUUGUUCUUAAUGAACAAUCAGCUGCUUUCUGUGGAGGGGGGGGGACAUGGGUCAGGGAUUUUCAUGAGAAGUGCGGUACUUAUGGAAUGGGGACUUAUAUUUCUGUUUGAAUUUCCAACCAAAUGUUGAAAAAAAAAUAUUUUGCUGAAGCUGUUUGAUUGCUUUCAAUGGUUAUGCCAAUCCCGACCCCAUACCCACCUCUACACACACAUACCCUCCCUAACCCAUUAAAAUGUGCAUGCAGAUAAUGAUUGUUUUUCAGAUUAACACCAUUCUAUAGUGAGUUGCUGAUUUCGCUCACAAUGCCUGGAAUUGUCCAAUAUUUACUACAGUCCUUUUCCAUAUAAAAUCAGCCCUUGUCAAAGAGAUUUUCAGACAGGCCUUAGGUGGCAAGGGCAUGGGAAGGUACAGAAGGUUGUUUUCCAUACUGCCAACAAAGCUUUUGUUGUAUGUUAUUUUUAUACGUUAUAUUUGCUGUUGAUCUCCUCAAAGAGGUCAAGCCAGAUGUCGCAGUAAUAAAGUCUCAAGGUUUACAGAUAAAAGCAAUCAAUUUCUUUUAGGACAUAUCAGCGUGCCCUUCAAACAAAAUGUAAAUUUUUUUGCUCAAUGUACAAAGCACCAGUUUUAUAAAAGCAUUGUCAGUCAUCAAGUGGAAAUGAGCCAUUAUCUGUAAACCUCUAAAACAUAUUACUCUACCUGCAACAUUUGCAAUCCAUUUUCAACAUUGUGUCUUUGGCAGUCAUGAUUCCUAUAUAUCUACCACGCUGGUUGUUGCAAUUAUAAAAAUUCAUUUUCAAGUAUUCAUUUUCUCUUGUCUGCUAUAUUCCACUUUUGGUUAACUUUAUGAGAGAAGCAGCAGUAAAAAAAAAAAAAAAAAAAGACAUAUGACCACAUGUCAUAAUUUAUGACCACAACUAAUAAUUGCUAAAUGUAUUGUCCUUUUCGGCAAAUGUUUCAAGACUAAGUUGAUCAUAGGGUAUCUAUAUUAGAUACGUAUAUAGAGCGCUGCAGUCUCUCCGUUUAUGUCAAAAUAAUUUGCUUAUUGGUGUGUGUGUGUGCGUGGGAGCGAGCAUAUGGUAAUAUAAAGUCAUGCAGUCUAUACAUGGGCCCAUAUGUCUGUGCAGGAGAUGUUGAUCAGCAGAUCAGAGAAUGGUAGGCCAAAUAUAUUACUUGAGCAGUUUAGAGCCAACACUUGCUUAGAGCCACACAGCUUCAGAAUCAUAUAUGGCCUACCAUGUUAAAAAUGUGGGCAUCAUUUUUUUUUAUAUAAUUUGUCUUCUGAGACAAAUCCAGGUUUCGGUUUGAGCAAAUCCAAGAUGCAUUCUCAUAGCAGAAAAAAGUAUUCAUCAUUGCUUAUUUCCAUUUGAAAAGGUCUGUGUUUCUUUUUCUAAAGUUUAUUCAGUUCUGAGCAGUGAGGCAGAAGGAAAAGUUAAUCCCUGGUGAAAGUUCUAAACCAGUGGACAGGUAAACCCCUCUUUAAAGUUGAUCUGCCUUCAAAGUGACAGUGCAAGGAAAGAAGCAACAGUGCAUGGAAAGAAACAAUCCACUUUUAGUCCUGCUUUUACUUUAACUUGUUGUGUGUGUGCUGGUGUAUGUGUAAGCGCUUACAGUUCAUUUCAUAAAGAAUACAUGUGUACGCUUAUAUGUGUGAAAAACAAUAGCGAUGUUCAGCAGGUACAGGCACUAGUAUAGAUACUGGUGUUGUUAUUCAUCUUCUAUCACAAAUGUUCUGAUUAUUCAAGAACUUACACAGAGACAGAGAUAUCUAGUUACACUUUGAAUUGAUUUGACUAUUGCAAUCAAAUAUGAAGAUAUGAAGGCGUUAAAAAUUUCACUAUUACAAUGAACCAAUUAACAAACUUGUGUUACAUGUAAAAAUAUUUAUGGGAGAGAUAUUAGCAAUAGACAUGGAAUUUUAGAAACAGUAUGGACUUCAAAUGUCAGACCAGGUCUGAUAUCCCUUUGAAUCAGCAAAAUAUUACUACAAUACAGACAAUAUAGAUAAUUGAACUUAUAACAAAGAUAACUGAUGUGCAAAUAGAUGCUGCAAUAGCAUCCUGAUAUGAAGUGGUAACUGUGGUUGUUUUGACACCCUGCUGCCUCAAAAUGUGUGAAUUAUCCAGUCACUCAUUCAUAUGCUCAUCAGUCUGCUAGUGUACAUGGUUAGGUAAUACAUUAUAUGAUACAGCUUCAUACUGUAUCAUGCCACAGAACAUGUUAAUGUUUGAUGUAAGAAUGGGUCUGAAAUGGGUCUUGGAAUCCAAUUUAUGAACUCUAGAGCUGUUCAAUGCCAGUAUGUGUGUUUACUCAUAGUUUUCCCAUAGAAUCCUUGCAACAAAAAAAGGUAAAAAAAGAAAUCCAGUUGUGAUGAAUUACAAUGUCAUUUUUUAUUCAUGCCAGUAAGGAAGCUUAUUUCACUGAUACCCCUCAAAAAAUUAUAUAGUGGAUUUUUUCUGUUCAUUUUAUUUUUUUAUCUUUUUUUUUCAAUAAAGAUGAGUCUUCAGUGUU